AUGCCGGCAUCAAAGUUGACUGAGUGGCGCAAGCUCCCUUUGAGCUUGAGGGAACUUUGCAUAAAUACAACUUUGAGAUGUGGCCAAUCAUUUAGAUGGCAACACCUCCCCGACAAUAACGAAUGGCGAUGUGUUCUCUAUGGCCGUUUCUUGUCUCUCAAGCAGGACUCUGAAUUUUUGUACUAUCGCUCAACUCUUCCUCCUCAUCCUCACCCCCAUCUCGCGUUGCAAUCCCUGAAAGAUGGCGAAGAUCCGCUUGUGCGCAUUAUCAACCAUUACUUCAACCUGACGCCUAGUCUGACCGACCUAUAUUCCCAAUGGUCAUUGAACGACCCAAAUUUCAAGAAGAAGGCAUCGCAAUUCACUGGAAUUCGAAUCAUGCGCCAGGAUGCCUGGGAGGCACUGGUCUCAUUCAUUUGCAGUAGCAACAACAACAUUGCUCGCAUAUCACAAAUGGUGGAAAAGCUAUGCACGAUAUACGGACAAAGUGUAGCGGAAGUUGAUGGCCGAAAGUACUAUGACUUCCCAAUGCCCGAACGAUUGACCGGCUCGAAUACGGAAAGCGAGCUUCGCAAGCUAGGGUUUGGAUACAGGGCUAGAUAUAUCCAUGAGACUGCUCAGACGAUAGCUGAAAUGCGGGAGAAAGGUUGGCUGGAUGCUCUUAGCAACCCCGAGUGUCCUGCAUUCGGCGUGGAGCCCAAGACCAGCGGCGACAUGAAACCAGAGGGGCGAGAUGGUUACCGCGAAGCUCAUGAGAAGCUCCUGGAGCUCAAGGGAGUGGGACCAAAAGUGGCUGACUGUGUAAGUUUGAUGGGUCUAGGCUGGGGAGAGUCUGUGCCGGUUGAUACUCAUGUAUGGCAAAUUGCUCAGCGAGACUACCGUUUCGGCAAAAGCUCCAGCAAGACCUUGAACAAGACUACCUACGAGGCUGUUGCAAAUCACUUCCGCAAGCUCUGGGGUAAGGAGGCUGGAUGGGCUCACAGUGUACUCUUCACGGCGGACUUGCGGACGUUUGCAGACAAACUUGCCGCUACAAAGAAGGUCGAUGUGAAGGUGGAAGAAACGAAAACCGAGGUCAAGGUAGAGACUGAUGUUACAACUAUCCUCGCUGUGAAAGAGCCAAAGGAAGAAGAUAUGGAUGUUAAGGUCAAGGUUGAGGAUAUAGAUGGAGCCAUCAAGACACCCCGAGGCAAGAAGCGCAAGGAAUCAGUCAGCAUAAUCCAUGCUGCUGAUACAACAGACACUCGCAGAAUUUCCAAACGGUUACGGCGCUGA